UAACAAACUUCAAUAUGGCGGCCGUAGGUUAAUUUAUUUGUCGUUUGGACCUGGAAAGUUUAGCUAUUUUUCGGCAGAUUGAGUCACCGUUGUUGUUACUAAUACACUAGUAAAUAUGUCUAAGUCUCGAAGAGGAAAAAGCGCAUCAGCCAAUGAAUUAAGCAGAUGGGAAACAGAAUUGAUUCAAACGCCGUUCAACGAGGUUUAAAUUUACGGUUCUUCAAUUCCCUUUUCAACUUUCGAACUUUUUUACUGUGUUUGGAUUUGCUGACUAAGUGUCACGGUUUUUUUGGCUUUAUAUUAGGAAGCAUGGAGAUCUUGCGUGUAUUUCAUCGUUCCAAACAGAGUGGAAGAUAAUGUGUUUAUCGACGUUCUGUCAGAAGUUGUUGUGACUGGCCUGAGAAAGUUGUACAGCAUUAUAACAUUCGACGGUCUUGUUAAAGAUGUAAGUUAUACGAUCUCUAUGUUUUUAUUUAAGUCACAAAUGAGCGUUUGAAUGAUGCUUCGCAUUUAAAAUUGCUAGAUCUGUGUUCAUUAAUCAGCGUAUUAUUUAUUCACAGAUUGCCCUAACAGGAUGCAUCUGUUUUGUUAGUACAAAUUAAAGUGCCGUUGUAUUUGUGCUAAACUCUCUCAUUGCUGAAAAUGUGUUCAUGUUUUAUGUACUCCUAUUUAAUCGGGUAUAGAUGAUUAAUAAUACUUUUUAUAUAAGGGUCUGUUUACAAAAUGGGAGGGAAAUCCUGGUGCUAUGGUUUACCGUAGCAUUAGCGGGCCUAAGAUAACUCUGAUUUACAAUCGAAAUUUCCUAGGUUGGGUUACCCCGGGUCAACUUUACAAGCUUGAGUGACAUGUUGCGUCAUGCGUGACUAAAAUACACAGUCUUUGCAUAGACCUCCAAGAUUUGAAUGAAAUCUUGAAGAUCUCCAAAGAAACAAGUUAAAUUCACAAUGGUACAGACAAAUAUUAUCAUUGUAUACAGAAAAUAAUUUAUAUGUACCUAAUAUUGCUCAGAUUAUUAAAUGUUAGCUCGAAAAAUUGGGUAACCACAUUCAAAUUUUAAACAACUAUUGGAUGAGGUUUUUCUGAUAUACAGAAUAAUCAAGGUCAAGGUAAGUGUUAUCAGCAGAGCUGAAGGCCGAGGCUGAUAACAUUUAUCGAGACCUUGAUUAUUUAGGAUAUCACAAAAACUUGAGUCUAAUAAUUGUUUUAUUAUACAUUGUUUUGAAGAAAAUAAUGACAAACACACUGUCGCAAGGAACCUGAAUUGAUAUUGUUAUUGCAAAUCAUGCAUUGCAUGUGCAACCUACAGAUUAGUCAGUUAUCUGCUAGCAUAUAACGAACUAAUCUGUUGGUUGCGCUGAUUUCCAAAAUUAGCUGUAGGCUCUUAGCCAAUGAGAAGACAGAUAGUGAGUACAAAAUGUAUAAUAAUCAAGAUUACUGGUCACAUGCAAUGGAGCAAAGUUGACUUUAUAUCACCAAGGUAAACCCACCUGCCCAGGGGGGGGUACUGCCAUAUAUGGGCUAUAUAGGUAUGUGCCGCUGUGAAGGGUAUAGUUUUCAAGCAGUUUACUCUAGGAUAGGGUAUAUAAAUCAGAGCGUUUGGGUCUAGAAUAGGGUAUCAUUUUUCAGGAAACUGAUCAGUUGGUUGAAGAUUUUAUCUAGACAAGGGAAACAGCUACUCUAGGAUAGGGGGAUUUUGGGAGUUUACUCUAGUAUAGGGUAGCAAAAUUCAGCUGAACUAGCUCUGGUAUAGGUUAAGGGUUCCAGGGUCCCAGCGGCACAUCCCCACCCAGAAAUUCCUAAAGUACCACCCCCGGGCCACCUGCCUUAUAAACACUUUGCGUAACAAUUAAACAAAGAAAUGUGUAAAGUGCUAGGGUAACCCCCUUGCACCAGGGUUAUAACUUCCCCCCUUGUAAACAGGCCCUAACUAUUAUGUUUAAUUUAUAUAUUAUCACCGUUCAAGGUUAAAGAAUUUUCUAAACCUGCUGCUACUGGUGGUAAAGGUAAAGGAGCAGCAUCUGCUAAACCACCACAGUUUCAUGAAGUCUGUGAGCAAGUCAAACCACUGGUGGAUCAAGGUGAACCUAUUCCACCUUCUUUGAUGGCCAAACUUUUAAAGUUCAAGUUGUUACAUGUUAAACAGAAGGAUCUAGAGAGAAGAGAGGAAGAAAAGAAGGUACAUUCUUACAAACUGAGUGAACUAUAUAUUUCACACCUUAGUUUAGUUGCUUUUCAAAAAAUACCAUUAAUAAAUUUGUUUGUGUUCCAGCCAUUUUCUGAUUGCCCAAGAAGACACUGCUCUCUCCCCAACAUUAACCUUUCAGUUUCGCUCUCUCCCCUUGCAUCUUUCUUUAAUUCUCUUCCUUCUCCUAGUGUCUGCAAAGAAAGUUGUGUCCCAGCCCUGGGCUUGUAGAUUUUGCUAUUGAAUUCUGUUUUUACCGUGCAAGUGAGAAGUUUUUCUGGGAAUUCCAAUUACAGAAGACCUGUAAUCAAUCCUGCUGGAAAAAUGUUUUGAGGGGCUAUAUGUAGUUAAAUUGACUACUGGGCUAGCAAAUGCUAUAGCUACAGCUUGCCCAAAAUUAUGACAAGCUGUAAAACUGCAUGACUUUAUUUGUACUCUGCCCCCUUUUCUGGGCGUCUUCUAGACCUCAUUUUGUUGGGAAAGGUUUUCAUGAAAACUUUGACGGUCAUCAGAAAUACUUUUUAAAGAAGUUAUGCUGGGUGUAUUUGUCAAAGAAAAAGAUUUUUAUUUAAAAUUUUUUUUUUCAGUCAAGGUUACAUGUUCCUUUUUAGCCUGCAGUGCAGGCGUAUUUUGGGUGGGCGAAACCUUGUUCGUGUUCGUAUAAAUAUUGUUGUAGCCACCAUCUUUGAUUUUAUGACAGUGGAAGAUUGGGGAGAGUAGAAAUAGUAACCCUCACGGUAGGUGCGAGGGCAAAAGAAGGAAACGGGGGAGGGAGAGGGGAGAAAAAAAAAUGCGCCUGCCCGAUAUCAUUGUUCUUUUGGGAAACUGACCGUACGCUGGCAAACGGAGCUCCUGAUUGGUGCGGCAUAGGGAAGUAGAUUGAUGCCUGUCAAUUAACUGUAAGUCUAUAUUGUUUUUUCCGUUUCCCUCAGUCUUUUGAAAUUGGAGCGGCUGGGAAUGUCGCGUGUAUUACGCAAUGAGAAAGUCAAAGUGAUUUAUACACUGGUCAUCAGGACAAGAUUUGCUCGCAAGUACUAAAACCUACACGACUUCUGCCUCAUGCCAAAAUGCUGCUUGUUCCAAUACGUUCUUUUUUUCUGGUGAUUAGAUUAUGCUCUAGGGGGGUUCUAUGUUUUGAGUGAGCAAAUGUAAUUUUAGCCGCUUGUUUCACACUGAGAGGUCAUGACACGCUUAUUGAUUUUCUGUGGUUUUUGAAUUUCUGGUCUUCAUGAUUUGCCCUCUGGUGCAAGAGCGUUUUCUUUGACCUCUUUUGAAGCGUAAAGCUCUUUUUGUCGCUAAAUAAGGCUGUUAGGUUCUUUUUAUUUUUGUCCAAAGUGCCUCAGGAUCUGAAUAACUAAGCAAUUUUCUUUCUAGCCUGAGAAUGUGAUGUUUUCCCUGCAAUGUUGUAUCACGCUGGGCCCAGCUCGUUAGCUUUUUAAAUUGUUUGCAGGAUGUUAAACUCUCGCGGAUAGCGAUUUACAGAGAUGAAUUUCCCUUAACAAAAUUUCUACCCUGCAAAACCCUGUGAGAGCCCUGUAAAAUCCUGUUUCCAGCCCUGUUUACGUUAUUUCAGGGCUGUAAACUGGUUGUAACAGGGCUGUGACACAGCUGCAACUUACUUGAGUUAAAACAAGUGGAGCUGUGACAGGGCUGUAAAAGUGUACAUAGUUAAGUGUAACAAGCCUGUUACAUAGCUGUGAAAAUAUCCAGUUACUGUAACAGGGUUAAGACAGGGCUACCUAGUGAUGCAGAAGAACUAGGACAGGGAUGCAGAAUGGCUGUGUUAGGUACAUUUGACAGAAACCGGGUUACUACAGAGUUGUGAGAUGUCUAUUUCUGUUCACACAUGCAAUGGAUAAUAAUCAAAGGGCAGUAACAAUGUAGCCAAGUACGUUAAACUCCAUAAAUCAUGAAAGAUGGUAAUAUUUCUCAAAGUCUAAAGUGUUAAAAGGAGCGAGGGUCAGCUAGAUUAAUACAAAUAAAACGAAAAAGAACUUGGUGAAAAUGGCAUCGCUAAAUCAUCAAACACGAUUAUUGUACAUCUUUUAGUAUGCUGUUUUUGGUUUUGUUUGGAUUUGCUUCGUUUUUUUCUUUUUUUUUUUUCAUUGACACUUACAUCAAUUAAUUACCGAUGUUGUGGCUACCUUUUGUAGUUUGAAGUUGCUUUCUUUUUAGACUUUUAUCUCAUGCUAAAAACGAAGACCUUCUUAUGAUUUCAUCAGCUCCUGUUCUUCCUGUUCUUUUAAAUAAUAAAAAAACCGCUGUAACUUAAUUUUUUACAGCAAUGUACGAAAAAUGAAAGACUUUCAGAUCACUUCAAUUUGUUUUCCUACCUGAGAGACCUCUGCAAGCAUGGAAUUAACUAUUUUCAUUCCGUGACAGACACACGCCAUCGGUAAUUCCCUGGAGAAAUCCAAGACCUUAAUCUUAUUGGUCAGCACUUUUACCGGAAGAUCGCAUUACACAUCUCCAUUCCUCAAACGACUCACGAUUAUUUGAAUGAAAGUGGAAAAUAUUCAAAUAUUUUCUGCAUCCAGUUUGGAUUGAAAAAGGCUGUAGAGCAUUUUUUGCUGCUUUUGAAGCAGAGAGUGAAAAAGUAUAAGCAAAAAAAUAACUGUGCUUUGACCAGUUCUCAACGAAUGGGAAACAGAUCGAUCUAGUGGACAGAAAACAUUCCGCGGCACUUGCAAGAUUCAAAGAUUGUUUGCCCUGCCUAGUAAUAAUGCAAGUUCAUUUCGUACACCGUUGAACAAUUCAGCAACAACUGAAACACAAAUGGAUUGGCUCUUUUCAUGAGGAAAUGUAACACAUUCUGGAUCAUGAAGGAAAGACGAUCGAGGUGAGCGAUUUUCAAAUUAAGCUUGUUACAACGAACAAAACAAGUAUAAACUGUCAACCUCGGAACCGUUGUUACCAUGGAACAGUUCCGCGUUUCAUCUCUAAAUAAUUGCUGACAAAAGUCGUUUUUUCGUUUUUUGAGACAGUUAUUGUAAAGUCGGCAUUUUGAUGUGCUAGUUGUACAUUAAAUCGAACAAUUAUGACCAAGUAUUUACAAGCCAGAUCAGACUGUUGUAUGCAGUUCAAAUUUUGUUCUGUACAUUUUUACACACUGUAACAUGGGCACGUGAAAAAUAAAGUAACGUUAAGUUCUUAAUUGACUGUAUUUACUGUUUUCCUUUACUGAAAGUGUUCUUUCAAUGCAUGUUUGCUGAAAUGCAUUGCUUUUGUUUCAAGUACUUUGUGACUAAACGGACUAAACCAGCCGUUGGUGGUUCAACUUUGAAGCUUUUUGUGGCGCAAAUCGUUCCUUUGCUUCAGGAAUUUUCAUGAGUUCAAAUACGCCUAAAAAUGAUGAAGUUUCAUCUUCAAUAGAUAUGAAGUUUAUGUUCUGAUAGUACUAUAAUCCUAAUGUAUAGAAGUAAAACGGCUGCUGUCUAAAGUGUAGAUUGUGUGAGAGGGAGUAUCACAACAUUGGCACCUGGUAAAAACAGCCUUGUUAACUGCCAAUUAAAAAGUUGUAACAGGGUUGUGAUGCAUGAAACCUGUACCAAGGCUGUUAAAGGAAUGCCACAGUGUAAAAACAGCCUUGCUAACUGUGCCAAUUCACGAGCUGUGGCGGGGAUGUCCAUCACAGGGUGGAAACAGGGUUGUAACGUGGCUGUUACAGGGUGUCUACCAAGAAAUUUUGAGUUAAACGUGACAGGGCUGUUCCAAGGCUGCUACAGGGUAGAAACAGCCUUGCUAACUGUGCCAAAUGACGAGCUGUAACAGGGUUGUCACAGGUUAGUUUUACAACCCUGUUCCAGUGAUGCUACAGAGCUGUUACAGGGUAGAAAUUUUGUUAAGGGUUAGAAGAAUGAAUUGCAGCUUAAAGUGAAGCUUCAUCAGCUGUGGAGAAUUGCAUUGUGACUCAGUCAACAUAAAAACAAUGAUAAACUCCAGCUUGUUUUUCUUUGGACUGGAGCGACUGUUUGGUUGUUUUGUUAUUGUCGGCUACUCAUUUCCCGAAGAGCGGUCACAGGCAUCUAAUUAGGGGGUGUUUCUCAUUUUCACAGUGUUUUCGGGCAGGCUUUUUCUCUUUUCUCUCCCCACCCCCUCCCCGCUCCCUUUGACUCACCCCAUCUCCUCCUCUCUUCCGGAAGUUUCAACAUGGCACUUUCGCGAGCAAAUUGCGCGCUCAAAGAAAACGCCUACACUGCAGGCUAGUUCCUUUUUUUUUCCGUUUUUGUUGUCUGGCCUGUUUGACUGAAUCACCCUCUUUUGGGGAUGGUUAAAAAUAUUUCUCUCCCUGGCAGAUUAAAAGUGGUGCAAGGGAAAAUUGAUUCAAGUGGGUAUGAACAGUUGAGGUACUUCACUGUGGAUGUGUUAAUAUAUUUUCUAAAAGUCUACUUAUAAUUUAAGCUUUUCAACUCAUUUUUAACAGGCUGCCAAAGCUGCUGAGGCUGGAAAAAAGGAUGACAAAGGAAAGAAAUCUGGACGAAGUCCGUCAGCAGGAAAACGGUCAAAAUCACCCGGAAAGAAAAAAGGAAAAAAAGAAGCAGACCUUCCACCAUCCCCAAAGAAGGAUACAAAGCUAAAGAGGAGAGGAGAUGUGGAGGACACUUUCAAGACUAUUGGUAAGAUAUGAAUUUUAUAAAACUGAAGAUUACCAUAUUUUAUAGCUACGCAAAACCACUUCAAAUGGAUGCCAAAUGAAGAUUGAUCCAUUCACUGUAGUUUCUGACAAUUGCUAUACACUUGGCUGGCAUGGAUCUGUAGUUGUAAGGACAUACAUUGUAUUGUACAGUGUAAGGUGUUUGAGCAAGCAACUGUGGAAGGCAGGCAGCAUAUACUGGCAAAUAGUUUUGAAAUUUUGUCCUUGUGAAAGGCAAUGUUCAUUUUCCUUGGGGAACUAGAUAUAGUUGCAAAUUGUUUUUUGGUGGCUUGGACUGAAAUCUCCAAACUACCACUUUAUUUUACUCCAUCUUCAAUCAGCGACGAAAUUGUGGAGACAUAUUGUCCUCAAAAGGGGUAAUUUUGGAAAACAAAACAAUACACACCCCUCCUCCCUGCCUACCAUUCAAAAAUUGGGGUGUUGUUGUUUUCUACAGGCAGCUCAAACAGCAGCACAACAUUUCAUGGAUGGGUUGGGGAUGGAAAACUUUAUUUUCUCCUUUUUAAGAUGGCAAACUGUUAGAGUGUCUCAACUAAUUUUGUUGCCAAUUGUUGGUCAAAGGUGGUGCUCUCUAGGAGAUUGUAUAUGGCAGUGGCUCAGUGUAUUUAUACUGCCACGAAAACAAAAAAAAAAGUGCAUGUUACACUAAACUGUUGUUCUAAGAAUGGUUGGUUAGAUAGACAGGGUGCAAAGAAAUUCAGUUUUACUAGCCCAAAAGUCAUUUCAACUAGCCCGAAGAAAUUUUUGAUGAGCAUUGUUUACAGUUCUUCUGUAAUUCAAAUUCCCUCAAAGAACUUUGUUUGCCCAUCGUGCAAGUUAAGAAUAGAAAUCACUAGCCCCGUAGCAAAAUCCACCAGCCCCAGGCUAUCGGACACCACUUUCUUUGCAUGCUGGAUAGAGGAUAGAUAGAUAGAUAGAUAGAUAGAUAGUUUAUAACCAAUACUUUUGCAGCCCAAAGGCUGCAUAGCCUAUUUACAAACGGUGGAAUUGAUAAAAAUGUGUAUAUAAAACUAAGUAGAGUAAAAAUAAAAGUAUGAAAAAUAUGAUAAAAGACUAAAAAUCUAUGUAUGUAUAAUUAUUAUCAAGACAGGAUCUAAUAAUAAAACUAUUCCUAAAACGAUCUAUCUUUCAUUUAGGUAUGAUGAAGUGCCUGUUGCACCUUAAAGCAUAGUGACGGUCUACUGAAUGGUAUUAAACUGUUUAGAUGGUGUUCAGGGUCGUUUAUAAGGUUGUUGUGAUUUUCAUUUGCCAUAGAUGAUGAGCCUGAUGACGAAGGAAGUCCCCAACAUUAUAUCCUGAUCCAUGGCAUACUCACAGCUCCUGUUAUCCAUUACUUGAGUGAGAUUGGUGUCAAUGUCGAUGCUCUGAUCUGUGUGAAGGCACAGAUCUAUGAGAGCCUCACACCAGCUCCAGAACAGCAGGGCGAGACCAAAGACACAGAGGAUGAAGCUGCUAUAGUAAGAAGUUUGCUUAUCAUAAUGGCUGACAAGCUCCAUAAGUGCAGGGCAAAAUGAAGCAAAUCAUGUGAACUGAUAGUCGACCCAAGUGGGCAAAAAAAAGCACAAUAGCCAAUGUCUAAGUUUUCUGUGUCACCAACAAACAAUAAUGAACAUCCUAACAACAUUUGUACUAAACAAAGAAAAGUUUACAGUUCCUUAAAUACCAUCAGAAGGUCGUAGUUUCAACUCUUGUUCAGGGCUUGAAAAGUUCACUGUCUGGUCAUCUGCCUGACAUGUGAAGUUUCUUCUUGGGCAAGUAACAUUUAAAGCUGGCUUGCCAUUGGCAAGGGACUAGGCAAGUCGAAAUUCAUCCUGUAACAAAAUCAUCAGCUAAGAGAAUCAGAUAUUUGCCUUGGGCAAGAAAGAUGUGAGGUUGCUUGUGUCAAGAUUUUUUUUAGCCCUGCUGUUGGGAGAAUUGGGAUAUUUUUCUGGUCCCCUGUGUCACUGAUUGGAGAACAUCAUUCACACUUACAUAUUAGUUUAAAAUUCUGUUACCUGAGUUUUGCUUAUAAUGAAAGAAGUUAGAUAUUAUUUUCAGAUUACCCCAGUUGUUUAUUGCUUUAUUCAACUUUAUGCCUGUAUUAUAAUAAUGAGCCAGUUACAGUCAAAAUUUAGAAGCUGUCAUGAUAGACGUGAAUGAAUGACAGAACUGAAAACAUCAUCUCUAAAUAACAGGAAGAAGAUCCAGAGAUGCUAGACAAAGAAAUACAAGAGUCAGAAGAGAGGGCUCAGAAACUUGAGGCUGAGUCCACCCUUAAAGCAUUUUGGUCAGAAUCAGAAAACAUUGUGAUGAAAGCACCAUCAGGACACAAGCUGAAGGAUAUAGCAAGAUAUGAAGUUACAGUGAAGGAAAGUGUGGUGCCUGAGGGUGAUCUCAUGGAAUUGGAAACAGAGAAAAAGGUAGCUUAUUUUCAGUGUUUUUCAUACAUGUUUAAUAUGAAUAUUAAAGAUUUAUUACCCAGGGUUGUCAUUAGUAGCUAGCCUGCGAACGCAGACGUGUUUCCAGUCGUCGCUUCUCAGACUGAAAAGACAUUUGCGUUUGCGGGCUAUUCUAGGUUUGCAAAUGAGACAAAUAUGGAAGGAUUCGUGGGAUAAAUGACUUGCUACUUACCUCGAGAGACCAUCUUAUUAAAACCUUAAUGAUAGCCCUGAUUACUACUGAGUAGUGCCUUAUAUAUGUUGGGGGCUGAAUCUCAUGAAAUAUUGUAAGGGCUCUGAGCAUAACAUUCAGCCCAUUCAUCUGACACAGAAAAGUUUCCUGAUAAAAUUAACUAUGCAGGUUGAGCAUGAUUGUCUCGGUGAAUGUAGUCAAAAGCUGUUAUCGUAAAAGGCAAAUAAAGUUUUUUGGUCAAGCGUGGCAUGAAGAGGCAAGCUGGGAAUCCCAAAUUGAGAACGUUGUAGUCAGUUGAUGGAUUGGCUUUAUAUGAUUCAGACAAUGACUGGAGCUGUUUCUUUCUAGUAGUGGCAGGGGCACCCAACGAGAAUAUACUCCAAAACCACAUAAACAUAGCAUUGUUGAACGUACUUUAGUAUUUAAACGGUAGAUAAAGGCUUAUUUUUAUCCCCUAAAAAUUUUUCAUCUGUUCGGAUUUCCUAGCUGAAAGUAUAGUGAUCCGAAAAUUAUAGGGAUCAAAAUUUACCUUUUCGAAAAUUUCAGCCAGAAAAAAGGCUCCCGAAAAUUCUAGGUGACCUUUUAGGGUAAAAAUCCGUUAAAAAUGGGCAAUUAUACGAUUUUUUUGAUUUUCGAAAAUCCUAGGAGAGGCAGGCAAGCAAGAAAUUUUUCAGAAAAUGAUCCGAAAAUUCUAGAUCUCAAAUCGUCUUCCGAACAGAUAAUUUUCCGAAAAUUGUGGUUGGGUGCCCCUGUAGUGGCUAUCGAAAAUGUAGCACAUUAUGAUUUGAAGAACCAAGGUACAAAAAAGGCCUUUUUUUUCAAAGUGCUGCACAUAAGCACAUACAGUUACAACGUGACUGACUUAAAUCGUUCUUUGAUAGAGAAUUGAUAUUGGAUUUGUAUGUAACAUUUUAAAGGUUAACUUAACCACGCUUGGCGAAGUGAUGCUUUGCUAAGCAGACUGGCCAGCUAUUAAACCAGGGUCCUGAAGACUAUUAAGUUCAUGCAGCCUGCAGUCCUUGUUCAAAUGAUGGCGUCUUUGGGUGAAACAAUAAAUCGGUGGUCUUUUCUCCUUAGAUCCUUGUCAAUAGGGCGCUUUAGCAACCUUGUGGCCGUAACAAAAAGUUUUGAAAGAGCAGGGAAAAAAGACCCUGUUAGCGUGGCCCACCAGCACCUGUUUACAGUGUGACGUGAUAUACAGUGGAACGUCGAUUUAACGAACCUCCAUAUAACGAAGUUCUCAGUAUAACAAACGAUUUUCUUCAGCCCGGCCAACAUUGAAAUAAAAUGCAUGGAACAGAAUCUCGAUAUAACGAACCUCGAUUUAACAAAAUCCUAGCUCGUUAUAAACGAGCACAAUCCAGAAACGCAAACAAUAACUUCGUAUGUAUGCAAAUGUUUAUCAAAGAAAUUGUUCACAUUCGGAAAUUCUGGGCGUUGAAAUUAAUCAUUAACUAUUCCUCGUUAUAACGAACAUUUUGCUUGUUUUCCCAAAAAUUCGUUAAAUCAAGGUUUUUGAUACAACGAACCCCGGAUAUAACGAACAAAUUUUCCCAGUCCCUUGGCACUUCGCGCAAUCGAGGUUUUACUGCCGGAGUGAAUUCUUCAACCCCCGCUCCCCAGUAGUGAUUUAAUGUUCCUGUAAUGGUGGUCUAGUGCCCAGUGCCACCGCAAGGGUCAGUUAGCUACUUCUGAUUCAGUUUUGAACCAUUCUUUUUAUUAUUAGACUGAAUUUGGUACAGCAAUAUUUGAAGACGUCGCUGAUGUGUGUUAUAAUAUGCUGGAUCAUCUGGAACAAUACAAGCAGUACCUUGACUCAAUGAAACUGAUUCAUGUCCCUGUGCAUAUGAAGCCAUCGGCUAGCGUGGCUUCAAUCAUCCAACCUACAACAGAUCUUGCACCUUCACAAUCUGCCACAGCUACACAGGGUAAGCAAGCAAAAUAAAUUACGUGUAGGCUUAACUGCAGAAUACCCUACUUCUGUAAAAUGUGGAACUUGUUAUUUUUAUUACCAGAUAUUUUGGUUAAAAGAUGCACCUGCUUAUAAUACACACUCAUUUUUGUAAUGUUGUUGCCUAUGUUUUUAGGUAGAUCCUGACCUUUCUUAGAUUAAACCAGAAUUUUCUUUCUCUCCUAUGAUGAAUUAGCGCUAGGAAACAAAAGUUGAAAAAUUCGGAGCUGUCAACUCAGAAUUUUCAGUUGUUAACUUGAAAACUGGUUUAACUUGGGAACGGGUUUUACCUACAACAGAUAUGCAGCCAAAGUUUACCUGCAGUUUCCACAUGUCCCUUUCACAAAUAAUUUUGAGGUAGUGGGUCUUAUAUUUCUCACUGCAUAUCUAUUGCGGGCAUCAGCUUUUCUCUACAUUUAGAAUAGCAUAUCAGUAAAACAUUUAGUAUGUGUGGAAGGUCUGUAUCUUUUCGUUUGUACUUUAGAUGCCCCUCCCGCCCCUGUGCCAACAGAGAUAGACAUGCGGUACUACAAUCACUUGAUUGGCAGUGUGCCCCCAGAGAGCCACAGUGUUCAACUCAUUCUUCACUGUCUGUUAGAACAGGUGAGUGGGUGUCGGUCUAUUUUUAUAAAACACUAAAAAUCUUGACGACAUUUAGCCGGGCAGGAGAUCAUAAACCGGAGAGAGUCCCAUAUUAAGCCUAUAUCACGUUUAUUUUUAUACACAUUUUGGAAUACGUUUUCCCGCGAAAAUGGAAUAAAAUGAAACGAAUAGUUCUGGCCUCAUAUUUUGUUUCACCAUACAGUCCUGGACCUUUUUUGUGAAUAAGCGGAAUUUACAUCAUUCCCGUUACAUGUUUUUUAGCCCAGGGAGAAUUCAGACCCUGAAAAGACAAAGAACUAUUGUUAUUUCUUCAAAUUGUUUUCAGGUUGUUGCGACGGUGGAUGAAAAUAACCCACUGGACCAAGUUGUUCCGCCAAGAGGCGAUGGUUUAAAUCAUGAUCUGGCGGCAUAUAUCUCCAGCAAAACAUCUAAACUGGCUCUGCCAGAAAACGAUAAACAGGUGUGUACAUGUAUACAGUAGGACCACAGUUCUCUGGCAAAUUCAUCAAGGAGAAAUUUCAGAUCUUUUACUCUACGUGUCUUGAUUUAUAUGUUAUAGGGAACAUCACGAGUUAGUUUAAUUUCUGUUUUUUCUUAUUUGCCUUGUGACUAAGUCAGCCGAUGAUUUCGAACCUAAGCCCUUUGCUAAGAAAUGUUGCGUUCGUUGCAAUUUGCAAUCCGGUGUAACAGCUACUAUAACAAUUGUUUUUGGUUGGACAAUAAUGCAAAGCCUACGGAGAACUGCAAUUUCACUGCUUGUCGCUACCCAUAAUAAACUGUUGUGACCUGUACCUUCUUGUUAUGUUUACCAAGCGCGUUUCAAAGGCUCUGAAUGGAGAAAUUGCUAGUCUUGCAAAACUGUUUACUACUGAAGUUAAUUUCGCAAUGGAAUAUUAAAAAUGGCGAGGAAAAUCUUAGGAAGACCUCAUUAAAACUAUUAACGUGAUUUGAAACCAAAUUAAGGAGAGAAAAUAGGUCUGCGUUUAUGUCAAUGGUGUAGCUCUUCUUUGUGACUUAAGUGUUUGAAUUUUUUUGUUAGGGUGUGACGGAUGCCUCAGACAAAAGCAAUCCUCGGAAACCUCCGGAAACCCCAGUGAUACUUCAUUACAACGACACAAUGACCUCACGUCUCCAUCACCUCGAACCAGCCAAUGGCCUUGAUCCUGAGAAGGCAGAAUUGCGCAUGCUUGAACUGUUCCCGCGAAGUCGACUAAAGGAACUGCCUAUUCUGGACGGAUGUGAUGUUAUAGAGCGUGAAGCACGCGCAAAUGAGCUACGACAUUUCUGCAACUCUCAUUUGGACUCUGGUGGAUUUCUAGAGCGUGCCCUUAAGCAGUUUGCUUUUGAAGGAAUGUUGCUUAAGGUUGCAGACGAAAACGGAGAUAUUGUGGAUCUUAAAGAGGUGGAUGAUUGUUUUAAGUUUCAUUCCAACUUGUGGGAUCAUCCAUAUAGUAAAUUGAGUGAGUUUCAAGAAUUAAGAUUUCCUGGUGAUAACACCGAAAAAGCCUUUCUGACGGACACUUCCCCUCUCUCAUCAUUUCGUAACCUUGAUGACUGGUGUUUCGUGGAACAUUUUGAUAACAAGACUAUGAUUCAGGUAAGUAUUCGGAACGACUCUUUUUUCGUUUAUUCACAGUACUGCGACAUAACUUACUUUUCAUUUGAUGAUUUUAUUUACUUGUACCUGUACCAGCUUUAUCUAAGAUCGGCGUCUAAAUUAGUCAAGAAACUUUGUAGUUAUGUUAAAAGAGGUAAAAGCAUGCCUUAUUUCCCCGCUAAGAAGUGGUGGUGCCAGGGUGGUCAGGUUACGACCAACAAGCCAACUUUGAUCGCUGUUUGGGUGUAUAGUAGGCGCUCAGUUUGCGGUGUUUGUAGACUGUACUUGCCUGAUAAAAAAAAAACCGCUCUUGUAGCUACAUGCAAGAAUGAAUUUUUGCAACUCCAUUUGGUCCCAGCACCAUGACAUUUAGAGCGAACGGGAUUCAAACAAGAACAUAAACCUAGCCUACGUAGCAAGCGUUUCCAAUUGAGUCAUUGCCUGAAAGUUGGAGCAAGAGCCAAAAAAUGGGAGGGGAAGGAGUGAAGAGAAAACUCUUACGCGCAAGCCCCACGAUUCUGAAAAACUUCCCUUGAUAUUUCAAGGUUCGGUUCAUUUGUAGAUUGACAGCUUGUCAACACAGCUGCCAGUAACUUUAAUAACUUGCUUUAAAAAUACACACUGUGACUUUUGUACCGGGUUUUCACUACUAUCCUAAAAUUCAUCUUUCUAUCCAAUAGGUCCUGGAGUCAGCUCGUCUAACAAACCCAUAUAUGGACACUUAUUAUCACAAGCGUGACCACUCGCUGUUGAUUGUGUUACACAACCCUGUGGGCACCAAUGGAACAAGCGCGUCAUCCUGGAACACUAAACUUCAUUCUAAUGUAGGCUUCAGAAACUACCUUGAACAUGUGGUCAGCUCCAUUAGAGACUGGGUUCGAGAACAGGUAACUUAGGCUUGCGAUGAAGUUUUUAGCCGCAGUUUUGUUGGUUAUAUUAGCCAAUUCGGCAAUUAGAUAAAAAUUAUCAAGCACAAUAUUUCUAUCUAGAUCUUCUCAAUUUUUGUUGAUCACGCCAAUACUGAUACAGCAUGUCAAUCCAUUCAGGCAAAACAAAUCGCGUGCGACAUAGCCUGCAUAACGGGCGCUUUAUAAGCCAAGCAAGGCGAACGCUGCAUUUUGUGCGAAGCACGAGAAGAGGGGAGAAAAAGAUUAGCAAUUCGCGCUCGUCUCACACUUUGCGCAGACUGCCACGUUCGCCUCGCUUGGCUCAGAAAAGCAAGUCUAGAAAAGUACUUAUGAAAAUUUCCCUUCAUUACAAUAGGAGCGAAUACGCGAACAAGCAGCCAGGACCCCCACCCCUCCCCCACAAGAACCAGAACAACCCAUUGUGCCGCUUAAAAUUGGAAGUCGUUACGGUCUGAUGACCAGACAGGAAGUUGCUUUAAUCAAGGCGGAAGAGGAAGAGAAAAGUAAAAAGAAAGGCAAGAAAAGCGCGCGUGGUACACGGAGCCCCAAGAGAAGUGCCACGAAAUCACGAGAAAAGAGCGCUUCACCGGAGAAAAAGGACGAUAAAGGUAUUCCUGCUCUGUCACUACUAAGAGAUUUUCACUAAAUAAAGUGUAAACAAACCAUUACAUGAUUUCAAAAGACGUAGUUAAUCUAGUGAAAUAUGCGUCUUGUGACAAUAGUGAACUUACGCAAUAGGACGAAAGGGGAAAGAAGACGGCAAACCUUGUGUGACAAGCGUGACGGCAAUUAUGUUUGGAAACAUUAUCCGCCAAACUUCACCUUCCUUUGAACAGAUCUUUUUGUAAAAAAGCAGAAAACACCAAUAUUAAGUGAAGAUCACGACAAAACACGCAAGCAAUAGGCCUGUUUUUCACACAAACGUUUUGCCGUCCUCUUCAUUUUGCCGUGCCGUUGCGUAAGCUCACUGUUUUUAAGGUCAAAAUUGGUAUUUAAAAGAGCCUUAAGCUAGAACCAAAAGUCUAGACCAGCGAGAGGCGGGUGCUCGUGGGAACUAUUUAACUGCUUAGAUGCUUUCUGUUUUUGUUUGUCACUCAAAUGCGCCUUAGUGUAAGUCUGAGGCAGUAUAUUUUUUUGUAGCUGGAAUGCACCAAAGGAUUAUAAAUACCUUUCAGAAUUUUCAUUUUCAACAAAUUGUUUAUUUUAUUGUUGGGCGUCUUUUCAGACAAGAAACGAGAAGGCUCUGCCUCCAGUCGACAGAAAUCGGCUUCCGGCCGAAGUCCUUCGGCAAGAGGCUCUCGAUCCAUCAGAAGUGCCACAAGUAGGGGGGACAAGAAAGGCCUCAACAGCACCUCACGUGCCGGGGACUUUGAGGAGCCUGAGGCCCCACCGGUGGAGGUAUAUGUGGAGGAGCCAUACGAUUUUAUUGGAUAUGAUACAGGCGACAACCUAAUCCACGUGUCUGGGUCCUUAUCAACAAUGUUCCCGGCAGAUGGGGGGCAGAUACAGGUGAAAAAGGCUCAAUAUGUGCAGGGUGCAAGGAGCGUUUCUACAUCAGUGUUCAAGGAUGGAAACAUGUUUGUUCUGCACUUCUUGGAACCUACAGAUGAGAUUUUGUCAAAGGAAGAAGAGGAGGGCUUAGACGAGAAAGAAGAUGAAAGCCUGUUGGACAAGAACAAAACAGAGGAGAGCCAGGAAGAAGGAGUGGAGAAAAGUGAAGUGGAAGCUUCCGAGAAAGACCAACAUAAACAACCUAAGAGUCCAAAACCGUUCUGUGAUUUCAGCUCCUUUGUGGCGGAGCUUAGCGAUGGCAUGGUCGUGGCCCUUAGUGGGUAUGGUCCUUCAGGGUCCCUCAUAGAGAAAGACGAUAAGGAUUCAGAAGAUACUGUCACGGGACAUUUGAUUACUGAUGCCCCUCCUCCUCAGCCCACACCCAGCCCUCAGCCUAAGGCAGGGUCCCCUAAGGCGCGGAAGAGAGCGGAAGAAGAGGCUAAGAGAAUGGAGGAAAUUCAACAGCAACAAGAAGAAGAACGACUCAGGCAGGAAGAGGAAGGUAUUUACAGUUCAUUCUUAUAACCCAACAAUGUCACCAUGGCAGAAGCCUUACAGUUCGCAAAAAAGGAAGGAAGGUGUCCUGUGCGACGCUUGACGGCAUAAGCGCUAGUGAUUAUUAUAAUGAUGAUGAUGCUGCUGAUGAUGAUAAUGAUGAUGAUUAUGAGCUGCGUUUGGAAACAUCGCGGGGUAUAAGAAAGUGUGGGUUAUUGCGUUUUUGUUCACUUUUUUUAAGAAUAAGAAAAAUAAGUCUCUGGCUCGCACCACAUGUGGCCUAAGCUCGAGAUAUUACCAUCGGCAUUGCUUCGAAACCUUCUAAAGAAUUAUACGAGAGAACAAACCGGUUCCAAUAAAACCCGAAAUGGAUAUAAAUUAGCUCGGGAAACAUAGAGGAAAGAAGAAACACACAACUUAAUUGAAUUUAGCCGAUUUUUAUUGUUAAACCCUUACAGAAUUGUGGCUUCAAGAAGCAAUCGGUUUUUAUGUCCGUACAAAUCCUUUUAUUUUCAAGGAUACGCCACAAUACCGAUGGUUAUGUUUCGAGCUUCGGCCACCUGUGCUUGCAAUUCUUCAAUACUAUCCGCGUUUGCAGUGACCCGAAAAAACACAGAUGCCUGCGUUCUGUACAUGAGUGCAAAACUCGGUCUAACAAGUAAUCGUAGGUUUAAUUCAAGAACCAAACAAUUUCACCAUUUACUAUCGUACUGUCACUUUUUUGUUCACAGCUCGAAGAAAAGCCGAAGAAGAGAAGCUAAAGAAACCGUUCCAGCACUUGUACAUCACGUGUCCUGAUGGCCAGCACGUGCAAUACAUCAAUGACGACUGUUAUCACAGUAAAGAUGAAAGGGGAGGGGUUGUGGUGAGACAGAGCUAUCCCGUCAGGCCACUCGGGCCGGCCAGAGUAAAACCCGCGUCAGAUGAAACUUUAAGGACCGUAAUGACCGAUGGGACUGUAAUAAAGGUGAGUUACUCCAAGUUAUUUUGAUAACCACCAAAUCGUGGUUGCAUGCAAAUUUUGAAACAAAGCUGGAGUUGACGUUGUUUUGAUACAACGCUUCCUGCUUUCUUAUGCUAAUUAUGUUGUUCUUAUGCUAACAAUUAUUUUACGGCAUAAUUUCCAUAAGAGAGUGAAAAGGUCUGUAUUAAAACAGUGUCGGCCUCGACCUCACGUUCACUCACGGGCCUGACUACUUAACCCACAGCUGUAAAUUUGUCUAUUCCUGAAAAACUAACGCCAAGCUCGAAGUCGUGACAAGCCUUACAAGAUGUGAGAAAGUGUCACGGCUGUAGUUAACAUGGGCUUAAAGAACAAACUGAUUUCAAAUGGAAUGAUACAAAAGUUCAACAAUUUGGUGCACAACUUUAAGACCGCCUUUAAGCAUUCGCCAAACGCUUUAAAGUCGUAGUUCCUUUUUAAGAAUUAAGCCACGUUUCGUCACAAACUACUGUGCGUGAUUGUGGUUUUAAAGAAUCCCUUGUUUAAAAGCAAUUAAUUGUUCCUGUUUCUUUUUGUGUUUUUUUUUGUUGACGUUUUUGUACCUUGGUGAACUUUGCUUACAGUUUAGUUUGAUUUGGUGAGAUUUGUACGGUUGCAGUGUAUCAUCAACUGCCUUGAAAACGUAAGGUCUACCUGCCACGCAGACGAGGCUAAUGUAUCUGACAAUGCUCGUUUAUUUGCAGCUUCUUACUGAUGGUAGUAUCCAGGUCCUGUUUCCGGAUGGUGCAGUAAGCAAGUGUCAAUCUUACCCGGUCAAAGCCCCCCCAGCUCCCCCUACCAGUAAACCAAGUAGUGCAGUUACUAAACAGGACCCUUCCCUAGCUGCUGCGAGAAGGAGCCUUCGUGGCCCGUCAUUAACUCAUAAGCCCUCCGAGGAGCCUUUGGUGCCUGUGAUUGCUUUACCUGCGAAGGUUCCGGAAUGGUCCAGUACGGGAAUUGAUGGGAAUAGAGUUUUGACCAAUUCUGAUGGAAGCCACGUGACCAUUCCUGGGGUGCAUUGUUCGCAAGCCACAUGCUCUCAGAGUGGACAGGUCGGUAUUGAAUACAUAGGGGACUGUUCAGAUACGAACUUAAUGUUAGGGCCUGAAGCAUCUACGACAGCCACGGCUAGAAAAUGGUAUAAGAAUAAAUGCACUUGGUUCACACUUGUUGGUCGAUUUCUUUGCAAUCCAGAUCACAACGACGUUGCGAAAUUUCGUAAAGGUUAGGAAAUUACUGAAUUUGGAUGCGGCCCUUAAGAUUAAAUGUAGUAAAAAUAAGCGCGUGUUUCAAAAAAGGUGGGGGACUUGAAAUCUCAUUGUAAGAAGGAUUUUGACUGCCAUCGCCCGGCCCUGAUUAUUGAGGUUACUUGACACUCACGUGGUUCAGUUUGGACCCUUUCAUUCUACUUGGCAUGAGAUCCUGUUCACACUCUAGAGUUUCGUAAAACUUUCAUUCUUUUCCCUUAGAUUCUUAAAACGCGUGAAGAUAACGUUGUCACCGUGGAUCGGCCGGACGGAACACGGAUCGUCGAGCACGCCGACGGAACACGCAUAACAACAUUCUACAAGCAAGUUCAACAAGAAGUACUGGCCCCGGAUAACGAAACAGGCGAACAAGCUGAAUACUCUGAUAUCAGCAAAAUGUUUGUAAAAGUAGAAUGCCCUGGAUUUGCUACUGUGAUAUUUGACACUGAAUUGGGUUCCUGUGAGACUGUCUGGGGUAACGGCACGAGGCUUCAGACACAGGCGAAUGGUGUGUCUGUGCUGCACAGGCCAGAUGGUACUCAGUUGCGUAUUGGUGCUAAAGGUAAGAUACGAGAAGGGUUCAAUAUCCAUUUAAGGAUCUUUAACCCUUUAACUCAGAAAUGAUCGGCAUGUAAAUUCUCCUUGUAAUAUCAAUACAUUGUUCAACAGAGAGGUAAUAAGAAUAGUAAAAUGUAUCAGCUAGAGUACAGUAAAAAACGGCGACUAAGAACAUGCAUUUUCCCAAGUUAGUCUAAAAAGGUUUUUACAUAAAUGGUAAUUAGCACAAAUUUAGGCUAUUUAGGUUCUUAAAUAGGUUUUUAUUUUCUGAAGAAACAAAACACUGGCUAAGUGGUAUUCACCAAUUUCUUAAAUAAAAUCUGCAUACCAAUACAUUGCAGUUGGAGUGACUUUGAUGACUGUUUCAGAAAUUCAGUCCAUCUUCUAGAAUCUUCCAGAAAUAUUAAAUGUCGUUCUCUAUCUGUUCACUGACAAAACGAAUAGCCACUGUAUGUUGCAUUACCAAGUUAUUCAUUAUUGGACGAUUAACAUCAAUCUUCCAAUAAUUACUGGAAAAAUGAUGUAAAUCCUAUAAAUUUGUUAAGCGUUUGGCUGGUACUCAUAGUUUCGGAUCGAAGCCAAUCAGAAACCAAAAAAAAAGUAUGUUUUACGAAUGAUAAGAUCACUUUUUGCCUUCUCUUUUCAGGCGUUGUAUCUUACUAUACCCGUGACACUCAAUGCAACACGCAAGCUAAAUCUGAGCCCGCGAUGGAUGAGCAAGAAGCACUGGUGGGCGUAUAUGUCAUGCGCACCACAAGCCAACGCUGCUGUGAAAUGACAGACACUAGAGGAACCCAUUUCACUGUCAUGUCAAACGGAGGAAUGACGGUAAACAAGGCGGAAACUAGGGAGACUACAACAGAGGAAUCAGCUACACCAUCAGAUGAAACGGAGAACAAAGAAUCGAAGUCUUCCGAGGCAGGUCCCUUACAGAGAGCCACCGUGAGCCCUUUAGUACCUCGUUUCUUUAUCAUCCAUGCGGACGGCACAGGCUCUGAGCUCUUACGCGGUGUUGACGUGAAGGAGUUCCUAGAGCGCGCUGAGAAAGAUCCCGCUACCGCUGUACUGAAAACCCCCUUGGAGGGACACCCUGAUGUUUCAGGAAUUACUGUCUUGAAGCCUUAUUCAGGUAAAGGAUGAUUUACCUUUUUUGUUACCAGCUUCAAAUCGUGACUGUUACGUUGUGUUAUUAACGUUUAUGUCUUUGGAUGUAGUUCAGUUGCACCUUGCGAGCAGAGCUUCCUUUUGUGUUCUUGAAUGAGGAGGAGAAAAAAGGAGGCUCAGCCUGAACCACGUCAAACCUUUUGAAGUCGCCGCAGCCCGAAUUUCUGGACUAGUCAAUCUUGUUUUCUCUCGUCAAACUGGUUUAUUCGAGUGUGGAUUUCCGUUUGUUAAACCGAUUAUCGGACGGGUUUCCAUACUUUAUCGGAUAGCUUUUCGUGUCGGUGUUAAAGUGAUAGUGGCAUCUCCACGUUUUGGGCAUCCCCAUUCCCAAAACCCUAGUGAUAUGGGCAACUCAUUCUCAUAUUACCUUAGUGAUUUAGGUUUGAGUUAGGGUUACAGGGGAUGCCCAUAUCACUAGGGUUUUGGGAAGGAGGAUGCCCAAAACGUGGAGAUGCCCAUAUCACUGUGACAUCGGCAGAAGAAGCUAUUCGACACUAAAAAACAAGAAGGAAACUGGGCCCGAGUCAGCUUUCGUAAAGACUUCUGGGAUCGUUACUUGGGACGCGCCGUCUGCUAUUGGUCAAUUUGCUUUCCCUGUCCCUGGUAACAGUCGCAGAAGUCUUUGUGAUAGUUAACACGGCCCAGUGUCUUUCUCGUUUCUAAAGUGGUGAAUCGGGUAAAGUGUGAACAGAGCCUAAACCAAUGAAACCAAAAGAAAUCGCAGUUGAUUGUCAUUUUCCACUUGAAAAACGUCUUAAAAGUAACCUUUUUGGCAAACGUUUUAACGUCCCUGCGUCUGUUUCAUCUAAGUGAUAAGCGCUUGGGUAUCAUUGCCUUGCUUGUGGAAUACAGAAUCCAGGAAAUUUUUGCUGUGGAGUCCGGAAUCCAGGGCUUUUAAACCCUGAAUACAGCUCAAGGAAUCGGAAAUUCCAAUAAAGAUUGGAAUCCAAUAUCCAAUUUCCACUGACAAAGAAUCCGGAGCCCACAGCGUUGAAUCCAGAAUCCAAGACUGUUUUGGAUUGCCUUGCAUCCAUGCUUCCCUAGAUGCAAUUUGUUCUUAUUAAAUUUAUCCCAGGAGUUGCUGGGAACGACUUUGACGUUUUCAUAUUUUCCAACAGGUGGAACCGGUAAGAUCUGGUUUACAGAAAAGGAUGAAGAGGUUCUCAUUCCACAGGGUCUGAGAGAGAGGGACUUCAAACUAAUGCCUUCCAGGGAACAAAAAAAAUCGGGCCCUGUUUUUGGCACUAAUGCUGGUAAAUACUACUUCUACUUUAGCUUCCACUUUGCUAACUCUAAACCUCAGAUUAAUGUCUAUGAAUCAUAUCGAGAGUUUUCUGGAAAGGAACAUUGUUCGUGCUUUCCCGCCCUCUUUUCCUAAGACACGACAGCGCUUAUUCUAUGUUACGUUUCAACAGUUGAACGAGAUGAUUGUCCUCCGUAAUUAGCUUCAAUAAACAUAUGCUAUUUGAGGCGAGCAAAAGAAACUUCUAAGCAAAACUAAACCUAACGUGGCAUUAGAAAUUAGAAUUUUCGCCAGCUCAAUAACAGAAGCAGCCUUGAUGGACCGUGAUGAAUAUAGGCUUAGUCUUCAGCCUUGGAUGUCUCGAUGCGCCCUCGGUACUCCCCACUCGGGUGGAGAGUACUGCUGGCGCAUUGAGACAUCGCAGGCUGGAGACUGAACCCAUGAUGAGUCCAUGAUGAAUAAUGAUGAAUAAUGAUAAAAAGAACUAAGUUUAACAGGAGGGUAGGAAGUAGGAACUCUCGCUACCGUGUUCGUCUCGUGGGAGAGUUUCGGGGAAAGCGAGUAGGGUUCAGUCUUCAUGAGCCGGUCGCAAUAUUCAUCGCCCGAAGUAGUUUUCUUUUGGCAGUGACUUACGAGCGAUGCUUUGCUUGAAGAUUUUCUUACGGACCACUAAACGGAACAACUCGCCGCACGUUUUAACAUGCUUUGUUUUAUUUGACUCUAAAAAACCGAACUAUUUAAGGGAAUAUCUUAAAGAGAAUACCGUAUUUAUGGAUGACGUACCGGGAACUUUAGAACUGAAGCCCUACGCUUGUCUUACUUCAAAAAAAGUUGCAGAGAUUUUUACAGGAAUAAGAUCGGGGGCUUUGAUCCUGAUCGUCCACAUGUUACUUGGUCUUGAAAUCAUAGUGCAGUCUUUUGUCAUAGUAAGUAUGCAAUUAAUAAAAUUAAUUUUAUCCUUGUCGUUUUUUAAGGUAAGGGUCUCAACAUUGGUUCGAUUGUGAAACCAGUUCCUGUGCCACAAAUCACUUGUCCUCGGACUCUUGAGUUUAGACAGUUGAUCCAGUACAAACCAUUAACAAUAGAACAAAGAAAACAGAUGAACAAAGCCAUGGAUGCUUACAGGGAUUUUAUGGAAAAGAGGCAAAAAGAUUUGGAUCGGUUAUUACCACAAGAUCCUCGAGAGGAGAGUGAGAGAAGCGCAGCAGAGGAGCUGGCAAGUCCACUAAGAUCGACUGCUAUUUUAAGUUCAUGAUUUUUUGUUAGAAAAAUUUCUCUCCUUAAUCUUUGAUUUUAUGUAAAAAAUUUUAUUAAUAGAAACUUCACUCUUCCUUUACAGGCUAAACUGAAAGAGGACCAAGGAAAAGAAGCAAGGCUAAAAAGUGAAGAAAGCUCUUAAUUUGCUACCCUGUUUGCAGUUACAUGUAGCUCUUUAUUUACCAUUGCAUUUAAAGACAUUCACCGACAUUGCUUCUUUUUCACAGAUGUUAGCUUGACGGAUGAUGUAAGGAAUACACUACAGUCACUUUCUGGUAAGUUAAAAAUUGGUUUUCUGUUCUGUAUCGUUGUCGUUAGUGUUAUACCCUGUCUUGUCCUUUCCCAAUCGCGUUCCCACUUAUCUCUCUUCUUUCCGUUCCGAGGCUGGUUCCCUUUUGCCAGGUCCCGUGGUGCGUACUUUUAUAAGAAAUUGUUAUAUGAAAUCUGCUGCUUUUUUCCGCUAGAGUCUAUCCCAUCAAUAUUUUUUCCGACCGCAAUAUUUUCUCUUUUCUUUUCAUUCUUUACCUAGACAAAACGAAAACAGAAAAUAUCUCCACUCAGUACGUGGAUGAAAUAACACCAGUCCCAGCUCCCCGACCCCCGCCGCCAAAGUGGAAACGAUCUGAGUUCGAGUGGGAGCGGGACCGAAUAGAACUGGCUGAGCUGGAUUAUGGGAAGCACGCCUUAAGAUACAAAGACGUUCCACCCUACUUUGAAACGACACAAGGUAUUUGUGAUAACCUCUUCUAAGUCCUGUCUUUAGUCCGUUUUCCCGUUUCAAAUGUUCCACAAUUUUUUCCCGACAUACUUCUAAACUAACUUGAAAUUGUAUGUUGUUUAGGCCAAGAAUUUCUUAAAGGGAUUGAUAGUCAUCGAUUCCCGGAUAUGGAAUUGUUAACGUCUGAAUUAGCCCAUCAGACCCGUCAUCCACCCCCUGGAGAGAGCAGCCCUGCUGAAACGCCAGACAUUGUUAUACACGAAGGAAGCGCGGCGUCCGAGAGAACAGGUUAAAUAAAAUACGAGAGUAUAACUGAAAUAUUAUUUAUUCUUGUGAUAGAUUGUCUGAGAAGUGGUAGGCAAACUUGGAGUUCUUUUAUUGCUUUCGCACAGGUGGGGAAAAAGCCUCGUCCAGUCUCGACGUACCCCUCCCCAGUCAAGAUUUAUCAGCAGAGGCAGAGACACUCACACUUGCCAACGCCACUGGUGACCCUAGCGCAACGCCUAACAGCAUAAGACCUACCAACCCCACCCCUGCACAUGCCACUGGCAACGGUACCCCCACCCCUGUGCGGCCAACCAAUCCUACACCUUUACAGGCAUCCACAACUGUUAGUCCUCGUCCCAGCAAUCCCACGCCUAAACAGGCGUCCGACCCUCUGUCACAUGAGUCGCCUCUUCACGGGGACUCACCUCAAUGGACUACUAACUUAGAGUCCGUUCAAGAAGUGGACGUUACUUCCUCCAUGGGGGAGGUGGUCGAGGGUCCAGUCGAAGCAGAUGACCCGGAUGACGUGGACAACGUUCCUAUGUUUUCGGGUAUGUCCAUUUUGUUAGUGGAAUUUUUACCCGUCGUUCACUGCGAUGGCGAAGCGCGGGGAAUCUUUGAAACAGUGGAAGAUAGUGGAAGAUACCCUAUUGGUACUUAAUUUCGUGGUUUUGGGGUGACAGUAUUUCGCGGGCUUUUAAUUUCGCGAUUUUAAUAGGCAAAUGGGAAAGAAGAGGCAUUAAAUUUCGUGAUUUAAGUGUUCUCAACUUCAUUUUAUUCUUUAAAAGGUCUGAACCUUUAAAAAUUUCUAGAUAAAUUGAUCAAGCAAUGUGUGAAAUCUUUGCAAAUUAAAUAGGUUUUAAAUUUCGCGAAUUUUUUUACAGUCACGAAGAACGCGAAAUUAAGUACCAAAAAGGUACGUCUUAACUUGACAGGUUCCAUCUGGAUCGGGAAACGCGUACACUGGCAUUAAAACUACGCCCUGAGUACUAGACAGGAGAUUUCACAUGCCACAAGGGCAGUCAGCAGCUGACUGAUCGUCAUGCUCUUAAACAAAAUGAUGGUUGCUGUACUCGACUUGGUUGUAACCAAGUAGCCAAAAUAUCCUAGCCCUUCAAUCAUUAUCCUUCCUGUUUUGAUGUCAUUCGAUUUCAUCCGAUUUUCUCAUUUAACAGCCGUCAUUAAGAUUAAGAUAGCCUUUACUUAUCCCCCGUAGUCCGCCAUGCCAUGAAAUCCUUUUCUUCCCGGUGCUAAAAAAAGACACCCGAGCAGCCGAUCGCCGUAAGCUUAUGAUCUUGUAAGACGGGAACGCGCCUUGAACUUUCAUUGCUGGAAGAAAAUGUCAUUUUCUCCUCUCUAUCAGCGCUAUUUAGUUGCAAGUUGUUUACCUUUGCAUUGUUGUUGUUUGUACCCCAGCUGAUUUGCCACAAGUUGGUCCGAGGAGUUUGUACUUUGAUGUAACAGGCGAUGCUAGGAAAGAGAAAAUAAAGCUUCCUACCUGCAUCAAGGGCGGCAAACCAGGAGCACUCCCUAAUACGCAGGUGUGUUGAAUACACAAUAAACAACCAUGAAAGCAGCAGUAUGCAUUCAUUUUACGAACUUAGCUGGGACAAAUGUCGAAAAUUUUGUAACAAGAGAGGGAUACUCAACAAAGUUUUAUACCGGGAGUCCCACCCCUCCCCCCCACCCAAUGUCCAAUCUCUUAGCCUUACAUAUACCAUCUCUGACAGAACAGGUACCCAUUUCGUAUACCUUCCAUUGACAAAUGGUACCCCUUUCACAUACCUAGGUUAGAACUUUGCAUCCCUUUUAACUGCUGUAACUGCACUGUCUUUACAAUGUGAGUAAAUCAAACAAAAAAAACUUUCUCGACUUUUUCACUUUUUAAAAUAAAAUCGUUCUGUUAGCCCUUUUAGAUCUUUUUAGAGACCAAAAUGACAGAUUUCCUUACACUUUUUUGAAUACUUCAACUAGUGGAAUCCCUGUCUUUUCAUAUAACUGAAACCUAAAAAUGGUACCCCUUUCAGGUGGCGACUCCCUGUAUAGGCCAUUAUAGGUAGUACCCCCCCGGGUACAACUAAAACGGUCCUUUCUUGUUUUAAGUUCUCUGAAGUAGAGGAGCUCGUACGUCGGCGUGUCCAGACAGUGUCCGUGGCGGGCGGGAACCUGGAACAACUUGAAACCCUCCGUGGGUUUGAGCUCUUACCACCGCAAGUGUCGUUUGGAGUCUUAAGGGAAGGCUGUACCUAUGUUUACAGUGUGUUGCUGAAAAAUAUCGGCAUCGACAGCUGUCGUUACAAAGUCAAACAGCCGCCUCCAUCAACUGGAUUACGAGUUCUUUACAAACCUGGCCCAGUAAGUUUCGUUCUGCCUGGUCUUAUUCUUUAGGCGUUUUCCGUUAGUAGAAUAACUUGAAUUUUGAACCUAGAAUCACCGGUAAACACUUUUUGGCAGCAGAUAUGUAAAUUAGCUUUGGUGAUUGUUUCCUUGUCUGUUUGAUGACCAAACCUGUGAGCCUUCUUGUGUGUUUUUGUAGGUAAACUACCGUAAAUGUCCUAGCGUAACGACACCACAAAAGUAAUAACCACCUGAUAUGCGGUUUCGGUACGGUUAACACCUGGUGCAAGAAAUAAAUUCUGAUAGUAACGAUACCCCCUAUUCCCCCCUUUUCCUUGUUAUUGCUCAUGUAGGCAAAGAAGGAAACUGAAACAAGUGCUCCAAGGCUUAUAACCGACAUAUAUAUGGAAAAUUGUAAAAGGUCUGGUCAUGAUCAGCAUGGCAAGAUUCAAGAUGUGGUUUACAAGAACAUUCCUUUUUUUAGUUUUAAGAGCAGUAACAAUUCAUCUGUGUUCGAAUACGCAGAAAAAGGCGAAAAAUUCACGGUCAUUUAUUGUGUUUUGAUUUCAUAUGUAAUGGCGUUGUUUUCAUCACAGUGUUUGCUACAAGUUACUUUGAAACUUACAAAACUGUGAACACCAGAAAUAUUUAUGGAACGUUAUUAUGUUGCGAGAAAUGAGCCAGUAAGGCGCGAGAUAACUAAACCGCAAACAGCCACGGUAAUUAGUUUGUAGCAGGGAUGUCACUAAGAUUUCAAGUUACCGGGUAAAUACAACAGGUUGGCGGGGAAUAAAACAACCAGGGAUUUCUUUCAGUGCUAUGUUUCUUCUAUUUUCCUAUGAAAGUAGCUGGAGGCAACAUUCAUGGUAGAUAGUAGCCGGGGGAAAUCCCCGGCCCCCUUUUUAAUGACAGCCCUGUUUGUGGUUUGAGGUUUGCUUGCGUACCCUGAACUCUAUUAUAAUUGGCCAGUACACAAUCAACAUUCCUAAAAUUUGCAGGUGUUCACAGUUUUCUGAGUUUGACAGUAACAGUUUUUGACUCGCAAAAAAAACCCACAAACUUCCGAAAGAAGUGAUCCCUGCAUUAUGCUAAUUCUGAGAGUACUUUCCGAGUUAUAUGGUUUGUGCAUGACUUAUGUUACUUUCAUAUGCAUAGAAUCACUGAAAAAAAAAAACAAGAUUGCGGUGAAUCUCUACACCCUCUUAAUAAACAGUAUCAUGUUUUCUUUCUCUCCAUUUCCUUUUAGGUGGCGGCUGGUAUGAACACUGUCUUGGAUGUGGAAAUAUUUGCUGUAGCAGUGGGGGUAGUAGGAGAGAGUGGAAUGGGCCACGUAGGACAUCACAUUGAGAUUGGCACCGAGACUGACAUUCUGUACCUUCCAGUUACUGCAAAUAUCCUUUUAGUAUAGACAUCUCUGUUAUUGUAAGGCACGGGUCCUAUUACUGUUGACACAAAUGAUUCCCGUUCUCAAAGGUGAGGCAAGGAUUGUGGAGUAGGUUAGCAGUUGAGCCUGCAAGCUGACUGGCUCUCGCCCCUCAAUAUUAAGGCACUAGUUUGAUUCUCGGUUCUGACAUUUCUAUCGGUUCUUUGCCCUGCUUCGAGGGUUUCUGGAUUUACUUCCUUUACAAAAAAGUAACAUCUCCGAUUUGGUCGGGGGGGUUGUUUUACCCUCAUAAAACAGAAAUCACUUGAAACUACCCCUUGAGGAGGAGCUGGAAUUUUCUACGUGGGUUUGCCAUGCAGGCCUACACGGAUUUCCCAGUGAAACCUAUUUUACUUCAGUGGAGAGCAUCAUUUGCUAAAAAACCCACCAAAGAAAAAGGAAAGCACGUUAACACCAUUCUUGUCACAGCAAUCUUUGCAGCAAAAACUGUAUGAAGAAACGGAGGCCUGGGUCCGUUUCUCGAAAGUCCCGGUAACUUGUUUUAUGCUGAUGAAAUUUUCAAUAAUUUUGAAAAUGAUACAAUGAAACUAUCAGUUAGGGAAGCAAAAUUGAUUGGUUUGUGAGCGAGAACCUGAGCUACGAUUCAGUAGGUUUUGCUUUGAAAUGAAACUACCAGUUAUUCAGGAAGCUGAAUUGAUCGGUUUGUGAGCUAGAAACUGUGCUACUAUUCAACAGAUUUUACUUUUAAAAUUUGCCUUCGGGCCCUAAAAGUGACCUGGCCUUUCGAGAAACGGGCCCCCUGGAACGAAAACCGACGAAAUUGCUUCAGUAUUCUCCAGUCCCAUUCCGGACAUUUUUUUAGCACCUUUUUAAAUUCAGUUGAUUGGUAGCCUGUCCUUAACUCAAAUUACCCAUCAUGACUGUGUACGAAUACGAGGCCCGCUACGGCGACUCCGAGGAGGGACUGGGACAAGGCACAAAGAGAGUUCCUAACAGGCCUCCAUCCAGAGAUCCCACAAGGCCGCGUAAAGAAGCAGAUUAUGCUUUGUUAAACGAGUCCCUUUAAUUUAUGCAGGUGUGCAUGCAGCAGUGUGUUUGAUUUCGUAAUCUCUUCUCCUUGUUAAGACACGUAAUGAAUUCCAACUGUAGGUGGCAAAUAGAUUUAUUCCGCAACGGAAUUUUCUCGCCUGUAAAAAUGUUAUUAAAGUGU